AUGCCAAUAUUGGCCCAUAACCGAGGGCUAUGGGCUUCUCGAAACUCCAAGUUGGAUAUUGAGAGUCGUGGGAAGGAUGAUGGUCUUUCUUGGGUAGAGCUUCCUCUGAAAGCAGUAUCACCACGGUAUUCGCCGCCACAAGUUUUAAAUCCGUCACAACCUGUACGGAUUACGGUGGGUUCUGACCAGACCCAAAAGGACUUCCUUGUUCCAAAGGAUGCGCUGUGCAUCGCUUCGAAAUACUUUGCACGACUAUCCACCAUUGGAUCUGAUUUAUAUUUACCUGAGGAUGAUCCAAGUAUCUUUGCCAUGUUUGCAAAAUGGAUUAUUGACCAAGAAAAGCCAGCGACGUACGAUCCAACCCAAACUAUCGCUUCGGAGCCAUGGACUUCGAAAGCUGCUUGCGCAUGGGUGUUGGGACUGAAACUACAGGCAGCCGAAUUUCAAAGAUUCGCGCUCUCGAAGUUUAUUCAAACAUGCGCUUUGGCGAUUGAAGGGCCGUGGGCGUAUGUCGAGAGACACGCUCCAGUCGGUUCUCCGCUACGACUAUUCUCGGAUCAUUGGGUUGCUUGGAACUGCUCAUUUGCUGGUCGUGGAAACAACGAAUAUUCCGCUCUGGAAGCCUCAAAGAAAGCACAUCUAGUGACUAAGGAUACUAGGGAUCCUCGGACAUUUGACAUCCAGCAUUGGUAUAUGAGUUGUUCGACACAGCUGGAUCCGAAUUGCGAACAUGAUCCUCUCACUCAACUACUAAACGAUGAAAAAGCGAGGAACAAAGCAGCAAGUUCUGUAAAACUCCCUGAAACGGGGCGUUUGCUCGAGAAUAGCAGACAAGCAGCUCGACUUCCGCAAAGGGCUGCACCGGCACGAUAUGUGCCUUUGAAUGCCACGCCCACUGCUCCCCCCGCGCAAUAUGGAUACCGGACAAAUAAUCAGCACUUUUCAGCAAGGUCAGAGGCCACAUUCUGUGGUAUCCUUUGGCAAGCAAUCCUUUGUAUAAUCUAUGUAAUCCUUAUUGCCUUGACUCUUUGGCGAAUUACCUUUAUUAUCUUCUUCGGUUACGGCAUAGAUAUGCAGAUUCAGGUUCUGUACUUCACUCUUGCGACAGCAUCUGUCGGUGCAUUGAGUAUUUUCUAUGCGCCCCUAAUGCCUUUGUACCUUCUUUGCGCGAUCCCAGAUGGUAUAGCGUUAGCGUAUUUCACUUCGCGUGCCGAAUCUUUAUCAAUCGAAGCACUUAGAUUAAUCAUUUUCGUUUUCCUCGGCAUACCAUCCGGAUGGUGCUAUCUAGUCAUGGCUCCUAAAUUGUAUAAAUUGAUUAGAAAUAAUUAG